AUGGACCAUCCGGACGAAGACUCGGACGCACUGAUCAACACGCGGAUGGCAGCCAUUUCAGAUUUCGAGGGUGAAGUGGUGGCAUGGUCUUUUGGAGAUAGUCCGGAUGUUCUUCGCAAUCAUGAUUUAGAUUUUGAUCUCGAGGUGCCCGACCUGGGGAGAAACGUCCCUACCCUGAUUGGCCUGUGCUCAAGCUCAGCUGAAGUGGUGGACGGGAAGCAGUGCCUUCUUCAUCCUGUCGUGAGAUGCCUCGCCCGGAACGGGGAAAGCUUCGACCCCAAUCUCCGUCUACGGUUGCCCUUGGGAGACGAGGCCUCCAUGGAAUCGGGUUCCGAUGGCGCCAGUGAUGACGAUGAUGAUGACGUUGCGUACCGCGCAUACCUUGCCUCCAAGUUCACUGUGGUGACGCGAGAAGACGCCAGUUCAGGGUGGGUCCCGAUUGACGGAACUAUCCAACAAGCGGAGGGGGGGGUGUUCGUUUUGGAGGUGGCCGUGCCUCACUUUUGUGAUUUUGCCCUUUCGCAAGGCAUCAGUGUUCCUCGCGGUUGUAUGGAAAUCGUCCCACUGCCAAAGCUAAAAGGGAAACCCAGGCGGUCGCACUUCCACUUCGUGAAUCAAGGCGAGGAGAACCUUGUUGCUCACUGUAGGGGUGCUGUUGAGAAGACGGGCUUUUGGGACUUUUUCAAGAUCAACCUAGGAGCGGGUGCAACGUCGGCGAACGUCGAGGAUCCUGCGAGUACGAAUCCGAACAAGAGCGAGGUUUGUCGGGUUUUCCUUGGCACGGAGUCAGUAACAGUGGCAUGGACAUCGCAACGAUACCCUCAAAAUGCUAGACACCGGAUACCGCAAGUGUGGGGCUUCAGCCCCAUGCAGCAUAAGCACGCCAUGGUGUUCGGCCCCUUGUCGGGUAUUGACACGUGUCAGGUUUCAAACCUGAAGGUAGAUGACGGCGAAUCCUUCGGAAAACUUGUGAAGUCAAAGGUGGAAUGA